ACCCACCCAACACACAGUAUUGUCAACUGUGGCACGACCCAAAGGGAUCCCGUUCGGGUUUUUUGGCUCUGGCCUCUCUCUCUUUCUGUGUCUUUGCAGUGGACAUGGCGGCACUCAGGAGACUUAUUACGGGAAACCCAAAACACUCUUCCCUUUUUCCUCCAACCCUUCUUAUCUGUCGUAGAGGUAUCGCCUCUAAGCUCUUCGUUGGAGGUCUAUCCUUUUACACCUCGGAGAAAGGAUUAUUGGAUGCAUUUUCUCAGUAUGGUCAAGUUAUGGAAGCCAAAAUUGUAACGGAUAGAGUUUCAGAUAAAUCAAAAGGUUUUGGAUUUGUUACUUAUGCAUCUGUAGAUGAAGCUGAAAAAGCAAUAACUGAGAUGAAUGGAAAGGAUUUGAAUGGACGUGUUAUUUUUGUGGACUAUGCAAAACCCACAACUAAAUUGGGUGGUGGAAUGCCUAUAGCCAGGGGACCUCCCGAUCCAAUAGCCAAAAGCUGAUUGCGUUUACAAAGAUAUACAUACAUUUCAAAGACACUGCCAGUGAGAUACAAGCUUAUAUUACAUACUAAACAUAUUAUCUUAAUAAUUCCUUUGCAAAAUGUGUUUAUCAGUCAUUUCAGAUCCAUCUAGCCAUCCAGAGGACUGCUGAGCACUAGAAGCAAGAGCUGAUAGAAGUUUGCAUAAAAAUCUCACGGUUUAAGAAUCCAGUAAGGAACAUCGACUACUAAACUUCAUAGGUUGUUUCAGCCCUGUAGUAUUUAUUAUAGUUGCUCAGAUAAGAUGCACUUAAAGACUGUUUAAGUAGCAGACACUUAGAGCUCACUGCAAGAAGAAGAAUGGUUAAGAUGGUUUUAUAUCUUAUUAAUGUCGAUUAUGUUUCUCUUUAUUCUGUAAACUGUUUUCCUUUUAACUAAGAUUGGUUAAUUUA